GCAUUCAACUCACCUACUUGUUUCAACAAAGACAAAUUCUACCACUUUCUUGUGUGUUCAAUCGAAACUGUCGCAUACAUGGAAGCAGACUUACAGAAGGCGGCAGCAAAAGGCAUAAUUGACUGUUUCAAGGAUUAUACAGAUCUUCGUCGCUUAUUGACCCCAAAUGAAAACACAAUAUUGCACGUCUACCUUACCUCUCCAAGUGAAAGAUCCCCCGAUUUCAUAGGACAGGUACUUGGCAUUUGUCCCUCGCUUUUAGUUCAGGUCAAUGUCGAUGGUGAUACUCCGUUGCACAUAGCAGCCAGGUAUGGUCAUUCUGAUGCAGCAAAAGCGCUAAUCGAACAGGCUAAAGCUGCCUUAUAUGAUCCUACAGAUGUAGAAAGCGGAGAAGAUGCAACAACCAGGCAAAUGGCAGCCGCCAGGCAGAUGGUAAGGAUCACAAAUAAAAAGAAAGAAACGGCCUUGCAUGAGGCCGCACGAAAUAAUAAUGGUCUCGAUGUUGUGAAGGCAAUUUUGAGCAUUGAAGAUCCUGAGUUUACAUAUUCUGCCAAUGAUUGUUGGGAACCUCCACUUUACAUAGCUGCUGAUAACGAAUGUACAGAUAUAGUCAUUGAACUUUUAAGAAAUCCCAAUUCACAAUCUUUAGAUUAUGGAGGCCCCAACGGUAAAACAGCGUUGAAUGCGGCGAUAAUCAGAUGGGAUGUAGAUGCUGUAAGCAAACUGUUGGAGAGAAUGAGUAGUUUGGCUAGAGAAAGAGAUGAAAAUGGGUGGACUCCACUUCACUAUGCUGCGUAUGAAGGUUCUGUAUCAAUAGUGGAAAAGCUAUUAGAUCAGGAUAUUUCUAUUGCCUAUGUCUCUGAUAAAGGGAGGAAGAGGACAGCUCUUCACAUUGCAGCUGCUCGAGGCCUUGUGCGUGUGAUGAAGAAGAUUAUUUCUAAAUGUCCAGAUUGUUGUGAACUCACUGAUAUUAGAGGAUGGAACAUUCUGCACUAUGCAGUGAUCAGCAAAAGUGAUGGGGUAUUCAAAGAAGUUCUUCAAAAUUCAUCAUUGAUUUACCUUUUAAAUGGGAAAGAUCGUAAAGGGAACACACCUCUCCAUUUACUUUUAGCUUCUCGCCCCUAUUUGCCUUCUUUCAUACGCGAUGGAGAUACCGAUGUUUUCAAGUUCUUGAUGCAGAAUAUAUAUUAUGUAACUGAUGAUGUUUCCUCAAGACAGGAAGAAAUUGUAGAAUGGAUGCAAGACCUUGGAAGUGGGCCUUUUGGGAAGAUGGUUGUGAAAAAUUGGGAUGAAGAAAGGAAAGAAAGAGAAGAAAAGGUCAUUCCAGAAUUAGAGAAAGCCAAAGACUCCCAUUUGGUGGCUGCAGCAUUGGUAGCAACAGUAACUUUCGCAGCAGCAUUCACUUUACCAGGUGGUUAUGUAAGUGAUGAAAAUGAAUCAAAACGAGGAACUCCAAUUCUAAGCAAAAAUUCAGCAUUUAAAGCAUUUGUAAUAACAGAUGCUAUAGCAAUGGUGCUGUCUACUUCUUCAGUCUUCAUCCACUUUAUCAUGGUAAUGUUGGGAUAUAAACAAAGAUACUAUUGGUUAAUAAGAUCUGCACUAUGGUUCAUAGUAUUUGCAAUGGGAGCAAUGGUGGUUGCAUUUGUGACAGGAACUUAUGCAGUUUUAGCACCUUCCAUGGGGCUUGCCAUUGCUACUUGUGUCAUUGGAUUGAGCUUUUUCCUCUAUGUGUUUUAUGCUAGUGCAAGGUUGGUGAUAGGCUCCAUAAUGCGUGAUCAGACUGAAAGGAGUGGUACCUCAAUAUCCAGAUCCCUGAGGCGAGUCUGGCGUCAAAGUCCCUUUUAUUUGUGUAAGUUGUUUUUUUUUUUUUUUAAUAAUUAAUUUCAACAAGAUUUUAGUAAUUUUUUUCUUUUUCGUUUUAUAAGCUUGUGGCAUUGACUGGUGGAUGCUGAAAUAUAAGCUCCGGCGUUGGUGGGGGCUUUUGGCUACAAAAGAUUCUCAUAAUGUGUAAUUUACUAAUCUAAGAUUGGAUGAUUUUAAUUUUAUGAGUUUGUUCAAAUGUCUAACGAAAACUUAUUAUUAGUA